GGCCCCUCCUUCCACCCUCAAGCCCCGCCCCCUCCCCUCUGGUGCGGCGCACGCGGGACCCGCGGGGUCAGAGGCUGCGGGAGCGCCGCGUGAUGCAGUUGCUGCGAUUCUAUGUACGGCCCGCCCCCCCCAAGAGGGUGGAGGGGUCCGAGGGGGCCCCCCCUGCACUGGGGCUGGGAUUGGGGUCCCCUCUGAAGCUCGCCCGAGCCGUGGAGCCCUCGGUCACAAGCGUCACCUGCGAGACCUGCUACUACCUGGCCUGGAGCGGUGAUGCCCCCCCGGACGCAAAGCAGGGCCAGAUCCUGCGCUGGAUCCUGGGGUCUCCCCUGGGGGGUGAAGACGAGGUGGCCCCUGAGAGCUUCCUGCAGCCUCAUGGCCCCCAUGUGCUGCUGGAGAUCGGGCCCAGGCUUGGGGUCUGCACAGCUGACUCCACCAACGCUGUGUCCCUGUGCCGGGCAGCUGGACUUGAACCAGUGCAGAGACUGGAGCGAUCCCGGAGGCUCCUGCUGCAGUUCACAGCCCCCCCCCCGGCAGGGGCCCUGGGGCGCCUGGGCAGGGUGCUGCGGGACCCAGUGACGGAGCAGCUCUACCCCGAGCCCCUGCGGAGCCUGGAGGUGCCAGCACGGCCCCUGCCUGUCACCACCAUCGACGUCCUGGGCAGGGGGCAGCGGGCGCUGGAGGAGGCGGACACGGAGCUGGGCCUGGCCUUUGACCCAUGGGAUGUGCAGUUCUACACCCGCCUCUUCCUCACUGCUGGACGUAACCCCACCACCGUGGAGUGCUUUGACCUGGCGCAGUCCAAUAGUGAGCACAGCCGCCACUGGUUCUUCAAGGGCCGGCUGGUGGUGGACGGGCGCGCGGAGCCGCAGUCGCUCUUCCAGCGCAUCAUGGGCACGCAGCGCUCCAGCAACACCAACAACGUCAUCAAGUUCUCCGACAACAGCAGCGCCAUCCGCGGGGCCGCGGUCUCUGCGCUGUGGCCACAGGACCCGGCCGGACCCAGCCCCUACGAGAGGAGAACCUCGAUCCGUCACGUGACCUUCACCGCCGAGACCCACAACUUCCCCACGGCUGUGGCCCCUUUCAGUGGGGCCACCACCGGCACCGGGGGCCGUAUCCGGGACGUGCAGAGCACCGGGCGCGGGGCCCACGUCAUUGCCGGUACCGCGGGGUACAGCUUCGGCAACCUGCUCCUGCCCGGCUAUGAGCUGCCCUGGGAGGACCCGACGCUGCCGUACCCCACGUCCUUUGCCCGGCCCCUGGAAGUGGCCAUCGGUGCCAGCGAUGGAGCCAGUGACUACGGCAACAAGUUCGGGGAGCCGGUGCUGGCUGGCUUUGCCCGCUCCUUCGGGCAGGUGCUGGCAGGGGGGCAGCGGCGCGAGUGGAUUAAACCCAUCAUGUUCAGUGGGGGCAUCGGGGCCAUUGAGGACCAGCACGUGCGCAAGGAGCCCCCCGAGCCAGGGAUGCUGGUGGUGAAAGUGGGAGGCCCCGUUUACCGCAUUGGCGUUGGGGGGGGCGCAGCCUCCUCUAUUCAGGUGCAGGGGGACAAUUCAGAGGAGAGGGACGCGAGUGCAGUGCAAAGGGGGGACCCCGAGAUGGAGCAGAAGCUGAACCGGGUGCUGAGGGGGUGCAUCGAGAGCGGGGCAGGGAACCCCAUCAGCAGCAUCCAUGACCAGGGCGCCGGUGGCAACGGGAAUGUCCUCAAGGAGAUCAGCGAGCCAGCGGGAGCCGUCAUCUACGCCAGUCGCUUUGAGCGUGGGGACCCGACACUGAGCGUGCUGGAGCUCUGGGGGGCCGAGUACCAGGAGUCCAACGCGGUGCUGGUGCGACCGCCGUGCCUCGAGCUGCUGCAGCGCCUGGCCCAGCGUGAGCGGUGCCCGCUCUGUGUGGUGGGGAGCAUCACCGGGGAUGGCAAAAUUGUGCUUGUUGAUGACCUUGAGGCGCCAGUGCCUGAGGGGGGGUCCCAUAAGGGGCUCCCCACCCCGGUGAAUCUGGAUCUGGAGUGGGUGCUGGGCAAGAUGCCACAGAAGGAGUUUGUGCUGCAGCAGGUGCGCCCCCCCCUGCGCCCGCUGGAGCUGCCCCCAGGGCUGUCGGUGCUGGAGGCGCUGGAGCGGGUGCUGAGGCUGCCGGCGGUGGCCAGCAAGCGCUACCUCACCAACAAGGUGGACCGCUCGGUGACGGGGCUGGUGGCGCAGCAGCAGUGUGUGGGGCCCCUGCACACGCCGUUGGCCGACGUGGCCGUGGUGGCCCUGUCCCACUUCGACACCGUGGGCGCUGCCACAGCGCUGGGGGAGCAGCCCAUCAAGGGGCUGCUGGACCCUGCCGCUGGCGCCCGCCUGGCCCUCACCGAGGCCCUCACCAACCUCGUGUUCGCCCGCGUCACCGACCUGCGCGAUGUCAAGUGCUCGGGGAACUGGAUGUGGGGUGCCAAGACGGGUGCUGAGGGGGGGGCACUGGUGGCUGCCUGCGAGGGGCUGGUGGGGCUCCUGCACCACCUUGGGGUGGCCAUCGAUGGGGGCAAAGACUCGCUGAGCAUGGCCGCACGUGUCGGCACUGACACCGUCCUGGCGCCUGGCACGCUGGUGGUCUCAGCCUAUGCCGUGUGUCCUGACAUCACGGCCACUGUCACCCCGGACCUCAAGUGUCCCGAAGGCAAAGGGGCGCUGCUGUGGGUGCCGCUCUCUCCAGGCCAGCACCGCCUGGGGGGCACUGCCCUGGCUCAGGUCUUCUCCCAGCUGGGGGACGCCUGCCCCGACCUUGAGGACCCCAAAAGCCUCGAGGGGGCCUUCAGGGUCACCCAGAGCCUCCUCCAAGAGCGGGCACUGAGCGCGGGGCACGACGUGAGCGAUGGGGGGCUCCUCACCUGCCUGCUCGAGAUGGGAUUUGCUGGGAACUGCGGCCUCCAAGUGGAGCUGAGCAAUGCGGACUCUGGAACCCCCACUCUGGCUGUGCUCUUUGCGGAGGAGCCGGGGCUGGUGCUGGAGGUACCGGUGGGCUCCAUGGUCCGGAUCUGCCGCCGGUACCAGGAGCAGGGUGUGAGCUGCGUCCCCAUCGGCCACAGCGGCCCCUACGGGCCCGAUGCUGAGGUGCGGGUGCAGGUGGGGGGCUUAGAGGUGCUGCGGGCACCCGUGGGCACCCUGCGGGCACUCUGGGAACAGACGAGUUUCCGGCUGGAGCGGGAGCAGGCGGCAGCCGAGUGCGUGGAGCAGGAGGAGGCCGAGACCCGGCAGCGCCGGGGACCCUGCUAUAGCCUCAGCUUCGACCCAUGCCAGGAGCCCCCGCUGCUGCGACACAUGGAGCUGCCGGGGCCACGUGUGGCUGUGCUGAGGGAGGAGGGCAGCAACGGGGACCGGGAGAUGGCAGCAGCAUUCCUCAUGGCUGGAUUCCAGGUUUGGGAUGUAACCACUCAGGACCUGUGCUCGGGCUCCGCCACUCUCGAUGGCUUCCGGGGGCUCGUCUUUGUUGGGGGGUUCAGCUACGGUGAUGUCCUGGGCUCGGCCAAGGGCUGGGCGGCUGCGGUGCGUUUCCACCCACGGGCACGGGGGGCGUUGGAACGGUUCCGGCAGCGUCCGGACACCUUCAGCCUCGGCGUCUGCAAUGGCUGCCAACUGCUGGCGCUGCUGGGCUGGAUCGGGCCCCCCCAAGAGGCGGGGGCGCCCCCUGCUGUCGCGCUCUGUCCCAACCUGUCACGACGCUUCGAGUCGCGAUUCGUGACGGUGCGGGUGGAGCCGGGGCCGGCGCUGAUGCUGCGCGGGAUGGAGGGGUCCUGCCUCGGCGUCUGGGUGGCGCAUGGGGAAGGCCGAUUCCAGUUCCGAGAGCCGGGCGCGCUGGCGGCAGCGCUGGGUGUGGGGCUGGUGCCGUUGCGCUAUGUGGACGAUGCGGGGCGCCCCACGAGCCGCUACCCCAUGAACCCCAACGGCUCCGGCGGUGCCGCGGCCGCGCUCUGCUCCCCCUGCGGCCGCCACCUCGGGCUGAUGCCGCACCCGGAGCGCGGUGUCCGCACCUGGCAGUGGCCCUGGUGGCCUCCGGCGUGGGGCAGCCCCACGGCUGCUGUGGGGCAGGAGGCCCCCUGGAGCCGCAUGUUCCAGAACGCCUGCGAGUGGUGCCUGCGCUGGCCCCACGGCGAGCAGUGAGGGAGCCCGUGCCCCAUAUGGCUGCCCCAUAGAGAGACUGCGCCCAUAGACAGACACACAGAUGGACCUGCUCCAUGACUCUUCCCCACACCCCCAGCACUGACCAAUGGGAGUGACCCCAUCUCUCCCUCGACCAACCGGAAGCAGAGGAUGUGGAGGGGGCGGGGCUUAUAAUAAAGCUCUGGAUGCAGCCAA